AUGGCAGAUCCGUCGUUACUGACAUAUCAAAAAGAAGAUAUUCGGAUGUACAUGGUCAUAUAUGUAGAUGACAUAUUAUUAACAGGGAAUUCACAAACUGUAGUCACAAAACUAUUGGUUAAUUUACAUACCAGGUUUCAAAUGAAAGAUCUUGGUUCCUUAAAUCCAUUUCUUGGACUACAAGCAGUGUUCACUGAUUAUGGAGUUCUGUUACAUCAAAAACAAUAUGCGGAAAAAAUUUUAAACCGAGCUGGAAUGCAAGAAACAAAACCGAUGGCAAUGCCAAUGUCAGGUAAAGUCACUAUAACAGCAAAAUCUCAUGAAGAAUUUUCAAAUCCUCAAGUAUACAGGCAGAUAAUAGGAGCACUGCAAUACUUGACAUUAACUAGACCUGACAUUCGAUUUGCAGUGAAUCAAUUGAGCCAGUCAAUGCAUAAACCACUGAACAUCAACUUUGAAGCUCUCAAACGGUUACUUCGGUAUAUCAAAGGGACCAUUGAUUUUGGUAUACCUUUAUAUAAAAAUUCUCUUACUUUACGUAGCUAUGUGGAUGCAGACUGGGCCAGUAAUACUAGUGAUAGAAAGUCCAUAUCAGGAUAUUGCAAUUUUCUAGGAAAAUCACUAAUUUAA